AUGGUGGAAGACUAUCGAGUUCAGCCAGAAGAGCAAGUUGAAGAAGUACCAAUCACCCGGGUUCGAAGAUAUUGGUCUCGCUUUGUCUGGAUAGCAACCUGGUGGAUUCCUUCAUGGUCUUUGCGUUGGAUAGGUAGAAUGCACCGACAGGACGUGCGAAUGGCCUGGCGAGAAAAAGUGACACUUUGUCUGCUCAUAUUUCUUUUGUCUGGAAGCAUAAUCUUUUUUAUUGUUGGACUGGGUGAGGUGAUCUGUCAAGGCACAAAAGAGAUUUACUCUGCAGAAGAUGUGACAAACCACCAGACAAUAAAUGACUAUUGGGUGAGUAUACAUGGCAAGGUCUUUGACAUGACCAAGUUUGUAGCAACCGACCAUGGGUCAUCCUCAUACAUGGCUGGUAAAAUCAAUAUGGAACCCUUGGCCGGCCGUGAUCUUUCGCACACAUUUCCUACACCACUAACCACAGCCUGCGCUGGACUGGUUACGGAUGAUAGUGUGAUCGUGACGCCCAACGAGACAAUUGUCCUGGGCGCCUUUGUACACUACUCAAGUGCACAACAGCCUGAUAAAAAUCUCGAGAAACUUAGGGAUCCCAAUUGGACAACACGCUAUUUUAAUCCGAUGAUGAACCAGUACAAAAAGGGUGAUCUUGUCAUCCCUAUGAAGCAGAUCAAGAGCGACUAUAGUAGUUGGGGUCGAUUGAUUGCCGUCAUGGACCAAAAAGUGUACGACAUCACCGACUACAUGGCAACAGCCCACCAAUAUCCCAUCGAUAGUCCAGGCGUACCAAACUACCAUUAUCUUGAUUCGUCUCUGGAGAUGGUAUUCAAAAAAUACGGCGGUAGCGACAUAACCGAACAGUGGAAAAAAGUCAGUGCUUUCAUGAACGAUUCUACUCGAGCACAGAACCAGGCCUGCUUAGAUAAUGCAUUUUAUAUCGGGCGCCUAGACUAUCGAGACUCACUCAGGUGCACCUUUGUGAACUAUCUUUUACUAAGUUUUGCAGUGGUCAUGUCACUCGUCAUUCUUGUCAAAUUUUUAGCCGCACUGCAAUUUGGCGGUGCGCCUACACCUGAAGACCACGACAAAUUUGUGAUCUGCCAAGUCCCGUGUUACACCGAAGACGAAGAGUCCCUGCGCAAGACCAUUGAUUCUCUUACUGCAAUGACAUAUGACGAUAAACGAAAGUUGAUGUUCCUAAUUGCAGAUGGUAUGAUUAUAGGUGGAGGAAACGACAAACCGACACCCCAGAUCUUGUUGGCCAUUCUUGGACACACCACAGAUGGGCCCGAUGUUGAGCCUCUGAUGUUCAAGUCUAUUGGCGAAGGCAGUAAACAGCUAAACUAUGGUAAGGUUUACUCGGGUCUUUAUGAGAACGAAGGUCAUGUUGUGCCGUAUAUUGUGGUUGUCAAGGUUGGAAAGGCGACAGAGCGCACAAAGCCCGGUAACAGAGGAAAGCGAGACUCCCAAAUUAUUUGUAUGAACUUUCUGAACAAGGUUCAUUUUGAUUCUGAAAUGACACCACUGGAGCUGGAGAUAUACUACCACAUUAAACAGAUUAUUGGUGUUGACCCAUCGUUGUACGAGUAUAUUCUUAUGGUUGAUUCUGACACCGAAGUAUAUCCAGACGCACUUAACCGAAUGAUUGCAUGCAUGCUCCACGACAGCCGGAUUAUUGGUCUAUGCGGGGAGACUGAAUUGGGAAAUGAGGACAGGUCUUGGACUACAAUGAUUCAGGUUUACGAGUACUACAUCUCCCAUCAUCUUGUCAAGGCGUUCGAAUCCUUAUUUGGGUCAGUUACCUGUCUGCCCGGCUGCUUUUGCAUGUAUCGUAUCCGCACUGCUAACAAGAGACAGCCUUUGAUUGUUGCUCCUGCUGUAAUCCACGGCUAUUCGGACAACCAAGUUGAUACGCUACACAAAAAGAACCUGUUGCAUUUGGGAGAAGAUCGUUAUCUGACCACUCUCAUGAUGAAGAAUUUUCCGCAGUAUAAGAUGAUGUUUACACCAUAUGCAAAAUGCCGCACGGUUGCUCCUGAUGAAUGGAGUGUGUUAUUAUCCCAGCGACGGCGCUGGAUUAACUCUACCAUUCAUAACUUACUCGAGCUUAUUCUGCUCCAAGAAUUGUGCGGAUUUUGCUGUUUCUCCAUGCGGUUUGUGGUGAUUAUUGAUCUUAUCGGUACCAUAACUCUACCUUCAAGUGUCAUUUACCUCGCAUAUCUAAUCUACAUUGCUACGUCUGGCACCGGGCCAAUUCCUGUCAUCGCGCUCGGAAUGUUGGCGGGAGUGUAUGGGCUCCAGGCUCUAAUCUUUAUUAUCAAACGACAGUGGCAGCACAUUGGAUGGAUGGUUAUUUAUAUUGCCGCAAUUCCCAUCUUCAGCUUCUUUAUUCCUCUGUAUUCGUUCUGGCACUUUGAUGACUUUUCAUGGGGAAACACUCGUGUGGUUGUUGGAGACAAGACUAAACAGAUUAUUGUGACUGACGACGAGAAGUUUGAUGAACGUAUGAUUCCGUUGAAGACCUGGGCGGUUUACGAGCAAGAGCAGUGGGAGAAGACCCAGACCAAUACUACAAGGUCUCGCAGAAAAUCAGCUUCGUUCUGUCAAGACACGGAUUCUAUUGUGACCCGAAGUAGUGGAUCAGCCAGAUCAGGCGUGAGUGCGGAAGACCGGCCGCCAUUUUUACCACCACUGAUCACAGGCUUAUCUGAACAACGCCUGUCAGAGUUUUCUGUCGACCUCUCGGCUGUUCUGCAUUCGGCUACUCAUGGCAAGGAGCGGAGAGGAGAGGAAGAAGGCGAAGGCAAGACAGUGAGUCUUCCAGAGGAUGAAGAUAUGGAACGUGAGAUCCAUCGCAUUCUUGCUACAGCUAAUUUGAUGACAUUAACCAAAAAACAAGGUAAGGAAUGA